AUGGCCGAGGGCAGCUCAGGCAAUUCACACAUCAAGCCCAUCUCACCCGAAGCUCUUCAUCCCUGUGCUAAAAAACCUAUACCGGAAAAAGGUGACAUCGUGAAAUUAAAGAUAUGUGACUUACCUCCAGACCCGGAACCAAUAUUACCAACCCCAUGCCAAAUACAGAUUAGGGAACAGAAAUUAAAAGCAGGGGUGAUUUUCUGUCCUAAACCACCUCCCGAACCUCAUCCUCCCAUACCUGACUGCAGCGCUAUUUGUAUCGAAAAAGUGAAAAAUCUACCAGUUUUUGUCCCUAAAAAAGAAGUCCUACCAAAAUGUCCUAUGCAAAGAGUAGAGACUGGGUUUGCAAGAUGUAACAGGAUUAGAGACGCUACUGCAGCUAAAGAGGACUUACCGUGGCCUGGCUGCCCACCUGAACCACCCCCUCCACCCCCAAAAAUCCCCACUCCUUGUGAUAUACAAAAAAAAGAGCAGGCUUUAGCGAGAUGCAAGGCAAAGUAUGCACACUAUUAUCCACCUAAAAAGCACUAA